GUAGUUGGCUCUCGUGUGAUCUGCGUGACUGGGUGAAUAGCAUCCCAAAUUAAACUCCACUCUCGAGUCCGCCGCCGCCGCCGCCGGAGUUCCGCUCGCCGCCUCCCCUCAUCGCCGAAGGCCGCCCGCGUGCGCGCCCCUCACCGCCACUCACCGCCACUCACCGCCGGACAGCCCCUCCGCCACGAACCCCGCCACUCACCGCCGGACAGCCCCUCCGCCCCCAUCUCCAUUAUAUCCUAAAUCCAGAUCAAGACCAGUGAGGGAGAUCGCUCAAGUCAAUUGUGUGGCCGGCCAUGGACAUGGAGGCAAUUUUGGCAAGCAGCAAUCAUCUUAUUGAGAUGGCCGGGGGCACCCACCCACAUCCUGAUGCUCUGGUACGCCUCCGGCAGGUGCUGGGCGCUGCUGCGACACGUUGCAUCUCCAGCCCCCCCAUCUACGCCUUUUGUCUAAAACAGAUGUUGGCCAACUUCGUUCGCAAUUUCGGCAAUGACAUCAGGGAGCUGGAUAACCUCACUGCUCGCCUCCAGGCCACGCGCAGCCCUAAAGGCCGCCGCCAUGAUGUCUCCCCCACUGCCCAGCUCGCUGGCCUACAUGGAAAUGAUCUAUUCCGUGCACUGAUGGCCCUGCACCUGCCCAUGACCGCGCCUGUGGAGCUCUGCCUUGAGGCCGCUCUCGCCGCACAGAGACUCAUAACGCAUGACCACCUCGACCUUUUCAUCCACCUCUGUGAGGACGCUAGGGCGGUCGAUGAGUUUAACUCCAUGGUCUUCAUGGACCACAUAAAAACCUUGGAGAAGUUCGUGCAAGAGCACAUUGACCUCGCCGACGCCGCUGCCACUUCACGUGCAACCACUCGCGAAGCAAAGUAAAAGCUUGAUUGCCAUAGUUAAGCUAGCUAGCUGAAAGUAAGAUGAAGGGGCCAGGAGGGUCAUUGAUGGAUCCUUAUCUGGCUUCCUUCUGUAGUUUGCUGCAUUUCGUUAUCAAGCCAAGAACAAAAACAACUACUUAUGUAUGUAUUAUGCUACUUGUCAGCGAUCGAGUGUCUCUUAAAUAGUACUCACUCCACCAUAUUACUUGUCGCUCAAAUGGAUGUAAUAGUUCUAUCAAAUUGUGCCUUGUGCGCUUGGCCUGCUAUAAUUAAUUUCGUACAAUGGAA